AUGAAGGAGUUCAUCGCCGAGGUCGCAAGUAUUGGCCGCCUUCGACACCGCUACCUAGUGCAGUUGCUUGGAUAUUGCCGGCGUGAACAUGAGCUCAUUCUGGUGUACGAGUACAUGCCGAAUGGUAGUCUUGAUAAGUACCUGCAUUGUGGAGAGGACAAGCCGACGCUUGACUGGACCCAGAGGUUUGGCAUCAUCAAUGGGAUAGCAUGUGGCUUGUGGUAUCUACACGAGAAAUGGGAAAAAGUUGUCAUUCAUAGAGACAUAAAAGCAAGCAAUGUGCUCCUUGAUGGUGAAAUGAAUGGACGGCUCGGUGAUUUUGGCCUUGCAAGGUUAUAUGAUCAUGGUACCGAUCUACAAACCACACAUGUGGUUGGCACCAUGGGUUACUAG